AUGUUGGUCGGCGAGAAGAAGAUCAUCGAAUUGCAAGUGAUUGAAUAUCCCGAUUCUUCUCAACAAAACAAGUACAAUUAUGAGUUAAAACUUGGGAAAACCGAAGGCCUCUUGCAUCCAGAAAAGAUUCUUUUCUCUAACAGAACGACAAUUUCAUUGGAAAUCGAGGCAAUAAAACCGGUUUCACAAUCAAAUUUGGCCGUGAUUUCGUGCAAAUUUUACUCAAAACAUUUUAGCGAUGAAGAAAAUUGUGGGAAAAGUCUAAACGAUUCUUUUAUUCGUGUAUCGAUUUUGAAAAGCGAUUUGGUGGAGGUGCUUUGCAUCGUUGUUGGAUGGACAUAUUUCGUUCUUUGGAGUGCCUCGUUUUAUCCACAAAUUUGGAUGAAUUUGAGGAGGAAAAGUGUCAUUGGUAUGGACUUCAACUAUGUUUUCUUGAACGUUGUCGCCAAUGGAUCGUACACGAUUUUCAACUCUUUGAUGUACUUUAAUCGAAGGGUUCAGACUGAAUACCUCAUGGAUCAACCAUACGCCCCAUUGCCCGUCUUGUUCAAUGAUGUCGUUUUCGCCGGGCACGCUUUGAUCUUUUCUCUUGUCUAUUCACUACAGGCUAUAAUCUACGAACGUGGUUCUCAACGUCUCCAUCCGUUUCUCUGGAUUGGCGGAGUCGUUUUCAUCUUUGCUUCAGUAAGCCUUUUCGGUCUCUGUAUGGUUAAUUUGAUCUCCCUUCUUCAACUCGCGAACCUCUUCUCUUACGUGAAAAUCGUUUGCAUGACGCCGAUGUAUUUACCACAACUCUAUUUAAACUAUACUCGAAAAAGUACUUCUGGUUUUGCUAUUGAGACGAUUAUGCUUGAUUUUUCGGGCGGAGUUCUUUCAUUGAUGCAAAUGGUUUUUCAAGCGUGGAAUCUUGAUGAUUGGUCUGGUUUUGUCGGAAAUCCGGUGAAAUUCGGACUAGCUUUGCUCACAAUGAUCUUGGAUUUGGGAUUUUUUAUUCAACACUUUUGUCUCUAUCAAAAUCGAAGAGAAGAAACGAUGAAAGUC